AUGUUCCUAAUCGUUGUUUAUGUUGACAGGGUGGUUAAGUUCGAUGUUAGCGAGCAGUGGGAUGUACUUUUUCUUAAACAGAGAGUCUGUCAAGAUUUAGAAAUUGAUGCAGAUAUACACUACCUGUCAUUGGAAACGUCGUUUGGACAGGAGGUUAUGAAAGAAGAGGCAAAAUUAGUAGACUUUGGACUCAUGCCUAAUUGUCGUGUAUAUGUUAACAAGAGACAGUCUAAGGAACGAAAAAUCAUAUUUUGUUAUGAAUGUGAGGAUGUCCACUACUCUUCAGUCUCUGUUGGUUCUCCAUCUGAUCCCAGCAUUUAUAACAAUGGUUCUCUAGGCAGUGGCGGGGACUGUUCCUCCACCGAAACACUACUAGAAUCUUCAUGUCCAGUUUCUGCCAAACACAAGCCAGUAGUUUAUCUCAAACAUGUCAAACAAAACUGCAACAGGACAGAGUGUGCAGCGUGUUCGUCACCAGAAGUCGAACUAUUGUUUAGCUUUUGUGAUAGUGAGGAUCACUCUAUUUGCACGGAAUGUUUCAAAAAGUACGCAAAAGAGUAUUUCGAUGCUGGAAUGUUCCAGUUUGUUGAAAAUAUUGGAUAUACCAUUGGUUGUCCAGCCGGGUGUCCUGCCUCAUUUUUAACCGACCCUCAUCACUUUCGUCUUCUUGGUCCUGAGUUUUAUUCCCAUUACAAAGAGCAGUCGGUUAAAAGAUACUUAGUAUUAAAAGGAGGCACUUUUUGCCCUUCUUGUGGUUUAGACUGGCAAGUUACAAACUCGGACGUGACACUCCCCUGCGAUUGGCAUUUGUGUGUCCCGCCUCUGGGUUGUGCAUCACUUUUUUGCUCUUCAUGUGGUUGGCAUUGCAAAUUCAUGAAUUCCAGUCCCCAAAAUGAUCCUGUGAAGUGUCUUUGUGAAGGGAGGUCUUAUCCUCUUACACAGUCUUCUUCUUCCGCCUGUAACUCUGUAUGGAAGUCGUUAAAAUUAACAACUGAUGAUAGGGAAAGUCGCAAAUGCAUAAGUGAAACGUGUCACCCUUGUCCACGCUGCAAGUCUCCGACUCAGAAGUUUGGUGGAUGCAACCAUAUUCACUGUUCGUUAUGUGGGUUGGACUGGUGCUGGGUUUGUUGUGAUAUUUGGACCGGUCAAUGCAUUUCUUCUCAUUGGUUGUAA